UCUGUUAUAUUUAAUUUUAAUUAAGACCUCAUCACCUGUUUCCUCCAAGGAGAAUCUCCCAGUAACUCCGCCAGAUGAACAAGGUCAAGGUGAUGCCCCACCACAGCAUGGAGAUGAGGAACCUGCAUUUCCUCAUACUGACCUGGCAAAGUUGGAUGACAUGAUCAACAGGCCUCAAUGGGUUGUUCCUGUUUUGCCAAAGGAGGAAUUAGAAGUGCUUUUAGAAGCUGCUAUUGGUCUUAGUAAAAAAGGGCUUGAUGUUAAAAGUGAAGCGUGUCAACGUUUUUUUCAAGAUGGGCUUACAAUAUCUUUCACUAAAAUCCUCAUGGAUGAGACAAUGAGUGGAUGGAAUUUUGAGAUUCAUAGAUGUAUCAUUAACAAUACUCAUCGCCUAGUGGAGCUUUGUGUGGCCAAAUUGUCUCAAGACUGGUUUCCACUCCUAGAACUUCUUGCCAUGGCCUUUAAUCCUCAUUGCAAAUUCCAUAUCUUCAAUGGCACACGUCCAUGUGAAUCAGUUUCCACAAGUGUUCAGUUGCCUGAAGAUGAACUAUUUGCUUGUUCUUCAGAUCCUCAAUCACCAAAAGGUUGGCUAGUGGACCUCAUCAAUAAAUUUGGCAUGUUAAAUGGGUUUCAGAUUUUGCAUGAUCGUUUCAUUAAUGGAUCAGCGUUAAACAUUCAAAUAAUUGCAGCUCUUAUUAAACCAUUUGGACAAUGCUAUGAGUUUCUCAGUCAACAUACAGUGAAAAAAUACUUCCUUCCAGUUAUAGAAAUAGUUCCACAGUUACUAGAAAAUUUAACUGAUGAAGAACUUAAAAAAGAGGCAAAAAGUGAAGCCAAAAAUGAUGCCCUUUCAAUGAUUACCAAAUCUCUGAGGAACUUAGCUUCAAGGAUUCCAGGACAAGAAGAAACUGUGAAAAAUUUAGAAACUUUUAGAUUGAAAAUGAUACUCAGAUUGUUGCAAAUUUCUUCUUUUAAUGGAAAAAUGAAUGCACUGAAUGAAAUUAAUAAAGUGAUUUCUAGUGUUUCGUAUUACACUCACCGGCAUGGAAAUCCUGAGGAGGAAGAGUGGCUGACAGCUGAGCGAAUGGCAGAAUGGAUACAGCAAAACAAUAUCUUAUCCAUAGUCUUGAGAGAUAGUCUUCAUCAACCACAGUAUGUGGAAAAGCUAGAGAAAAUUCUUCGUUUUGUGAUUAAAGGAAAAGCUCUUACGUUACAAGACCUUGAUAAUAUCUGGGCAGCACAGGCAGGGAAACAUGAAGCCAUUGUGAAGAAUGUACAUGAUCUACUGGCAAAGUUGGCUUGGGAUUUUUCUCCUGAACAACUUGAUGAUCUGUUUGAUUGCUUUAAGGCAAGUUGGACAAAUGCAAGUAAGAGGCAACGUGAAAAGCUACUUGAGCUGAUAUGUCGUCUUGCAGAAGAUGAUAAAGAUGGUGUGAUGGCACAUAAAGUAUUGAACCUUCUUUGGAAUCUGGCCCAUAGUGAUGAUGUGCCAGUAGACAUCAUGGAUCUAGCUCUCAAUGCCCACGUAAAAAUAUUAGAUUAUAGUUGUUCCCAGGAUCGAGACACACAAAAGAUCCAGUGGAUAGAUCGCUUUAUAGAAGAACUUCGCACAAAUGAUAAGUGGGUAAUUCCUGCCCUGAAACAAAUAAGAGAAAUUUGUAGUUCGUUUGGUGAAGCACCUCAGAAUUUGAGUCGAACUCAGCAAAGUCCCCACGUAUUUUAUCGUUGUGACUUAAUCAACCAACUUCAGCACAAUCAUGCCUUAGUUACUUCGGUAGCAGAAAACCUUGCAGUUUAUAUGAAUAGCAUGAAGUUAUAUGCUGGAGAUCACGAAGACUAUGACCCUCAAACUGUGAGGCUUGGAAGUAGAUACAGUCACACUCAAGAAGUCCAAGAACGACUUAACUUUCUUAGAUUUUUAUUGAAGGAUGGUCAGCUGUGGCUCUGUGCUCCUCAGGCAAAACAGAUAUGGAAGUGCUUAGCAGAGAAUGCAGUUUAUCUUUGUGAUCGUGAAGCCUGUUUUAAGUGGUAUUCCAAAUUAAUGGGGGAUGAGCCAGACUUAGAUCCUGAUAUCAAUAAAGACUUCUUUGAAAGUAAUGUGCUUCAACUUGAUCCUUCCCUCUUAACUGAAAAUGGAAUGAAAUGUUUUGAAAGAUUCUUCAAAGCUGUUAAUUGUCAAGAAGGGAAACUAAUAGCAAAAAGAAGAGCCUAUAUGAUGGAUGAUUUGGAAUUAAUAGGAUUAGACUACCUUUGGAGGGUCGUGAUUCAGAGUGAUGAUGACAUUGCCAGCAGAGCUAUAGAUCUUCUCAAAGAGAUAUACACAAACCUUGGUCCCAGGUUACAGGUCAAUCAGGUGGUUAUCCAUGAAGACUUCAUUCAAUCUUGCUUUGAUCGUUUGAAAGCCUCAUAUGAUACUUUGUGUGUUUUGGAUGGUGACAAAGAUAGUAUUAAUUGUGCAAGACAGGAAGCCAUUCGAAUGGUUCGAGUAUUAACAGUUUUAAGGGAGUACAUAAAUGAAUGUGACAGUGACUAUCAUGAAGAAAGAAUGAUUCUACCUAUGUCAAGAGCAUUUCGUGGCAAACACCUCUCUCUUAUAGUUCGGUUUCCAAACCAGGGUAGACAGGUUGAUGACUUGGACAUAUGGUCUCAUACAAACGAUACAGUUGGUUCAGUACGGCGAUGUAUUCUCAAUCAUAUUAAAGCCAAUGUAGCCCAUACAAAAAUAGAACUGUUUGUGGGUGGUGACCUGAUAGAUUCUGAAGAUGACAGAAAGCUAAUUGGACAAUUAAACUUAAAAGAUAAAUCACUAGUUACAGCCAGACUUACACAAAUAAAUUUCAGCAUGCCUUCAAGUCCCAAUAGCUCUUCUGAUUCCUCAACUGGAUCUCCUAGAAACCAUUGUAAUCACUACAGUGAUGGUCCCAAUCCAGAAGUGGAAAGUUGUUUGCCAGGGGUGAUAAUGUCCCUGCAUCCUAGAUAUAUAUCUUUCCUUUGGCAAGUUGCAGACUUAGGAAGCAGCCUGAAUGUGCCAGCUCUUAGAGAUGGAGCAAGAGUGCUUAUGAAACUUAUGCCACCGGAUAGCACAACUAUACAAAAAUUAAGAGCUAUUUGUUUGGACUAUGCAAAACUUGGAGAAAGUAACCUUGAUCCAUCUCUUAACUCACUUUUCUUUGGUCCUUCUGCCUCUCAAGUUCUGUACCUAACAGAGGUUGUGGUUUAUGCCUUGUUAAUGCCUGCUGGUAUAUCUCUGGCUGAUCGUUCCACUGACUUUCAGUUUCACUUCUUGAAAAGUGGUGGCUUACACCUUGUACUGAGUAUGCUAAUAAGAAGUAACUUCUUACCAAAUACAGAUACAGAAACUCGAAAGGGUGUUUACUUCAAUGCUCUUAAAAUAGCCAAACUGUUGUUAACUGCCAUUGGCUAUGGCCAUGUUCGAGCUGUAGCAGAAGCUUGUCAGCCAGUUGCAGAUGGUGCAGACCCUAUAACACCGAUUAACCAAGUUACUCAUGAUCAAGCAGUAGUGCUACAAAAUGCCCUUCAGAGCAUUCCUAAUCCUUCAUCUGAGUGCAUGCUUAGAAAUGUAUCGCUACGUCUUGCUCAGCAAAUAUCUGAUGAGGCUUCAAGAUAUAUGCCUGAUAUUUGUGUGAUUAGAGAUGGUAAGAAUUUAUGAGAUGGUAAGAAUUGCUACAUAAAUAUAUUAUUUUUAAGUAAUUUGCUCCUGAUUAUAAUUUUUCAGACCGCUAGUGCAAGAAAAGAACCGGAGGUGGAAGAUGAACAGGUUUGCUGUGAAGCAUUGGAAGUGAUGACAUUAUGUUUUGCUUUAAUUCCGACAGCCUUGGAUGCACUUAGUAAAGAAAAAGACUGGCAUAUGUUCAUCAUUGACUUACUAUUGCACUGUCCCAGCAAAACUGUUCGUCAGUUGGCACAGCAGCAUUUUUUUUUAAUGUGCACCAGAUGUUGUAUGGGACACAGGCCUCUGCUCUUCUUCAUUACUCUACUCUUUACCAUUCUGGAGAGCACAGCAAGAGAGAGAGGUAAACAUUCGGGUGACUAUUUCACACUUUUACGGCACCUUCUUAAUUAUGCUUACAAUAGCAAUAUUAAUGUUCCCAAUGCUGAAGUUCUUCUCAACAAUGAAAUUGAUUGGCUCAAAAGGAUUAGGGAUAAUAUUCAAAACACAGGUGAAACAGGUGUUGAAGAGCAUAUAUUGGAAGGACAUCUUGGGGUAACCAAAGAGUUGUUGGCCUUCCAAACGCCUGAGAAAAAGUAUCACAUUGGUUGUGAAAAUGGAGGUGCAAAUCUUGUUAAAGAAUUAAUUGAUGAUUUCAUCUUUCCUGCAUCGAAAGUUUACCUGCAAUAUAUGAGAAAUGGAGAACUGCCAGCCAAGCAGGCUAUUCCGGUCUGUAGUUCACCAGUGACCAUCAUUGCUGGUUUUGAACUACUUGUAGCAUUAGCUGUUGGCUGCGUAAGGAAUCUCAAACAUAUAGUAGACUGUUUGACUGAAAUGUAUUACAAAGGCACAGGAAUAACUACUUGCGAAGCACUUGCUGAAUGGGAAUACCUGCCACCUGUUGGACCUCGCCCACCAAAAGGAUUUGUGGGACUCAAAAAUGCAGGUGCUACUUGUUACAUGAAUUCUGUGAUCCAGCAGCUGUACAUGAUUCCUUCCAUCAGGAAUAGUAUUCUUGCAAUUGAAGGCACAGGUAGUGAUAUAGAUGAUGAUAUGUUCAGGGAUGAGAAGCAGGACAGUGAGAGUAAUGUUGAUGUUCGAGAUGAUGUGUUUGGAUAUCCUCAUCAAUUUGAAGACAAACCAGCAUUAAGUAAAACAGAAGAUAGGAAAGAGUACAAUAUUGCUGUGCUAAGACACAUUCAGGUCAUCUUUGGUCAUUUAGCUGCUUCCCAACUACAAUACUAUGUGCCCAGAGGAUUUUGGAAACAGUUCAGACUUUGGGGUGAACCUGUUAAUCUCCGUGAACAACAUGAUGCCUUAGAGUUUUUUAAUUCUUUGGUAGAUAGUUUAGAUGAAGCUUUAAAAGCAUCGGGCUAUCCAGUUAUGCUGAGUAAAGUCCUAGGAGGUUCCUUUGCAGACCAGAAGAUUUGCCAAGGCUGUCCACAUAGGUACGAAUGUGAAGAAUCUUUUACCACUUUGAAUGUGGAUAUUAGAAAUCACCAAAAUCUUCUUGAUUCUUUGGAACAGUAUGUCAAAGGAGAUUUAUUGGAAGGCGCAAAUGCAUAUCGUUGUGAAAAAUGUGAUAAAAAGGUUGAUACAGUAAAACGCUUGCUAAUUAAAAAAUUACCUCCUGUUCUUGCUAUCCAACUGAAACGAUUUGACUACGACUGGGAAAGAGAAUGUGCAGUCAAAUUCAAUGAUUAUUUUGAAUUUCCACGAGAGCUGGAUAUGGAACCUUAUACAGUAGGAGGUGUUGCAAAGCUGGAAAUAGAUAAUGUAAAUCCAGAGAGUCAGUUGAUUCAGCUGAAUGAGCAGUGUGAAAGUGAGACGGCAGGAAGCACAAAAUACAGACUUGUAGGUGUGCUUGUACACAGUGGUCAAGCAAAUGGUGGACAUUAUUAUUCUUACAUCAUUCAAAGAAAUGAUAAAGAUGGUGAGAGACAUUGCUGGUAUAAAUUUGAUGACGGAGAUGUAACAGAGUGUAAAAUGGAUGAUGAUGAAGAAAUGAAAAAUCAGUGUUUUGGUGGAGAGUACAUGGGAGAAGUAUUUGAUCAUAUGAUGAAGCACAUGUCAUACAGGCGGCAGAAAAGGUGGUGGAAUGCUUAUAUACUUUUUUAUGAACGAAUGGACACAAUAGAUGAAGAGGAUGAGAUGAUAAGAUCUGUAUCAAAGCUAGCUAUCACAAGACAACAUCAGAUUAUUAUGUCACCAGCCAUUGAGAGAAGUGUACGGAAACAAAAUGUGCAAUUCAUGCAUAAUCGAAUGCAGUACAGUAUAGAGUAUUUUCAGUUUGUGAAGAAGCUGCUUACAUGUAAUGCUGUUUAUUUAAACCCUGUUCCAGGACAAGAUCACUUGUUGCCUGAAGCAGAAGAAAUCACUAUGAUUAGUAUUCAGCUUGCUGCUAGAUUCCUCUUUACUACUGGAUUUCACACCAAGAAGAUAGUUCGUGGCCCUGCCAGUGACUGGUAUGAUGUACUGUGCAUUCUCCUUCGUCACAGCAAGAAUGGACGUUUUUGGUUUGCUCAAAAUGUCCUUUUUAAUGUUUCAAAUCGCUUCUCUGAGUAUCUUCUGGAGUGCCCUAGUGCAGAAGUGAGGGGUGCAUUUGCAAAACUUAUAGUAUUUAUUGCUCAUUUUUCCUUGCAAGAUGGGUCUUGUCCUUCCCCUUUUGCAUCUUCAGGUCCUUCUACUCAGGUGUGUGAUAACUUGACGUUGAGUGAUCACUUACUGAGAGCAGUACUAAAUCUCCUGAGAAGGGAAGUUUCAGAGCAUGGGCGUCAUUUGCAGCAAUAUUUCAAUUUAUUUGUAAUGUAUGCCAAUUUAGGUAUAGCAGAAAAGACACAGCUUCUGAAAUUGAGCAUACCUGCUACCUUUAUGCUUGUGUCCUUAGAUGAGGGACCAGGUCCUCCAAUCAAAUAUCAGUGUGCUGAAUUAGGCAAGUUAUAUUCAGUAGUGUCUCAGCUGAUCCGUUGUUGCAAUGUCUCAUCAAGAAUGCAAUCUUCAAUCAAUGGUAAUUCCCCUCUUCCCAAUCCUUUUGGUGACCCUAAUUUAUCACAGCCUAUAAUGCCAAUUCAGCAGAAUGUGGCAGACAUUUUAUUUGUGAGAACAAGUUAUGUGAAGAAAAUUAUUGAAGACUGCAGUAACUCAGAGGAGACCAUCAAGUUACUUCGUUUUUGCUGCUGGGAGAAUCCUCAGUUCUCUUCUACUGUCCUCAGUGAACUUCUCUGGCAGGUUGCAUAUUCAUACACUUAUGAACUUCGGCCAUAUUUGGAUCUACUUUUGCAAAUGUUACUGAUUGAAGACUCCUGGCAGACUCACAGAAUUCAUAAUGCACUUAAAGGAAUCCCACAUGAACAAGAUGGGCUAUUUGAUACAAUCCAGAACUCUAUGAAUAAUCAAAAAAGAGCAUAUCAAUGUAUAAAAUGUAUGGUAGCUCUAUUUAGCAAUUGUUCUGUUGCUUACCAAUUCUUACAGAGUAAUGGAGAUGUUAAAAGAACGUGGACCUGGGCUGUGGAAUGGCUUGGAGAUGAACUUGAGAGAAGACCAUAUACUGGCAAUCUUCAGUACACUUACAACAAUUGUUCUCCAGUACAAAGCAACGAAACAUCAAAUGGUUAUUACUUAGAAAGAUCACAUAGUGCUAGGAUGACACUUGCAAAAGCUUGUGAACUAUGUCCAGAGGAGGAGCCAGAUGACCAAGACGCCCCAGAGGAGCUUGAGUCAUCUCCACCAGAAGAUGCCCCAUUAUAUCCUCAUUCUGCUGGAUCUCAGUAUCAACAGAAUAAUCAUAUGCAUGGACAGCCAUAUACUGGGCCAGCAGCACAUCACUUGAACAACCCUCAGAAAAGUGGCCAACAAGCACAAGAAAAUUAUGAAGGCAGUGAAGAAGUAUCCUCACCUCAAAUGAAGGAUCAGUGAAAUGCACAUAAUUAGAACCGUUUCCUUUAUGACCAUACACUCAGGCCUUAUAGUCCAAACUUUUUCUGUGCCUGGCUAGUAUUUAAAACUAGAGAAACUGUUCCAAAGUAACAUGGAGUGGAGACUGUAUUCACUAUCUCAUUUUCAGAAAUUUACUGUCAGUAUAUAAGCCACCUGCAGGGGAAAUUGUAUAGUGUUUUAUAGUAAAUGUCUGAUACUAAAAUGUAAAUGGCAGAGGUGAAUGUAAUAUAUUAAUGUUUGACGGUUAAUUCAUAAACAAGAAACUUUUUUGAAGAGUCAGAGAUAUACAGAAAUAGAAAAAUUAAUUUUCUUGUUAUGCCCACUGUAUUCUGCAGCCUGUAUUGCCUGCUCUACAGAGUCAGAACAACUCCUUUACCAAAAAAAGAAAAAAAAGGAUGUAAAAGAGCCCAUCUGCACCAGUCACACCAGUAGUUUCUUGCUAAUUCUUUAUUAGUGGAUAUGUAAGGCUAGUAGUUAACCUUUGAAUUAUAUGGUUGAUGUGGAAAAUUGGUGAUGUAACAUUGUUUCUAGGUAUUUUCAUUACCUUUUUAUUCUGGAAUUAGGCUAAUAACUUUAAAUCUGUAGUUAUGCUGUAACAUUUAGCAUGGCUUCAUGCCAAGUUUGUGUAGCCAGUGGGGACAGAAUUACCUGAAUGACAGUAGUUCUUCCAAAGCUCAGUGUUCUUAUUUCUUCUACCUAGAAUAAAUAUAAAAUGGAAAGAAAUGUGACAACCAGUUUAUAGAUGCACAUAAUUCUUCACAUUUAAUAUUUGAUAGUCUCUUGAUGGGAAAAAGCAUAUCAAAGUAUCAAUAACAGGAAGUUUAAACAAAUAAGCAAAAUUUUACUAUGCCAGAAUUUUUGAAGCAUAAUAGAAGACUAUUUGGUGUGCUCGUUUUGGGGGGUUUUUUUAGUAGAAUUUUUAGAUGAAGCCUCUAAAACUUUGCUUCUGCUGGAUCUCAGUGAAGUGGACAUCAUCAGAAUCCAGAAUCCACCAUACUUUGAAGUACCAUUGUACUCAGAUGUCUGGCUGAUUUUCUAUUCUAGUCAGUCAGUUUUACUUGAAAGAAAAAACAUGUUCUAGUUCUUUUUUCAUUAUUCCCAAAUUCUUAUUGUUAGAUAUAGGGUUCACUUAAUAUGUAAACUUCUGUUUAAUAAAUAUAAUUCUGAGGUAUCAUUUUAGAAUAAAUACUUGUUUAAAGAUUCCAGGAAACUUAUGCAUUAAUACCAUAUUUGAAAGAGAAUUGGUAACUUUGGAAUGUGUGUAAUAUUUUCAAACCUGUCUAAAAACCAAAUAUCCCUGCAGAUAACUACCCAUCCUAUACUAUUUAAAUAUUUUGCUGUUUUGUUUUAUAGAAGUUAUUUUGCUGAAUUCCAAAUAGAAUUUGAUUUAAGAAGAA